CACCUCCUUCACGGAGGGCUACUGUCGUUCAGCGUCCUCACCGAAGUAUAAAGGCGUUGGCUGGGACUACUAGUAAUAGUACUCUCUUCCUCGCAUUUGUAAAGUUUACACUUCUUUUCUGGAUAGGCGAAUCGAGCGGGAGAUAAUUUUGGUGCUUUUAUUCGUUUGCACUUGCUAGUCCUUGAAAAGUAUUAUAAUUAUCUCCCUUUUUGUUGAGCGCACUAGUCUAAAGCACAACUAACUUUAAUACGCGGAGCGCUAGUCGACAUCGUCGACCGGUCCACAUUGAAACUGCACUGAGUUUUUCGAGAUUCGCGUACGCGAGUGCAUUAACGUGAUUGCUGCCACUGCUGGAUCAGUGUCCUUGGUCAAGAAUGGAGAGUUUUGGAAUGUUCCUGUUGGUGCUGGUCGUGUUCGCUGUUUACGCCCAAGCUCAAGACAUGCAGGUUACUCCGAAACCGCUCGUCAUUGUUGGUGGAGGUGUCUAUGUGCUAUCAUGCGUCGACAGCAGCGGUAAUGCUCGUAUCCAGAACCACGCCUGGCAGUUCACGUUCCCAGCAGGCCGACCUUCUGCUCUGAGUUACCAGAUUGUGGGAGUGUAUAGAGAGACGAUGGUCUUGAACAUCAACCAGAGCCUUUACACUGGCUUUCAGACACUUCAGGCGUCCUUCUUUCUGGACUGCUACGGGAUUACUCCACCGGCGACAUUCCCAACUCCAUAUUCUUCCAACAUCCAACUGUAUAAUGACGUGUGUCAGGAUCCGAAGUACUGCGCUAACACCACUCAAUAUCCGCAGGGGUCGACGAACUGCACGAGCAACAGUUCUGGUAGCUUGGUAACAUUCGACUGUACGUGUUCGCCUGGCGAUACGGGCGCUCCUUGUAGGGAGUUGCGCGACUGUAGGGAGAGGGCAGCAACACCUGCGGAUGCGGACAGGGACUGCAGUCCUACAUUCAUCACCGUUCUUAGGAUGACGAUACCUCAGAACAACGUCAUCAACGGCUCCACCUUCAAUGUGACUUGUUCCAGCGACAUCCCAUUCACAGCACGGGUCAAUUGGACCGUCAUCCCAGCGCCUCCCAUCGAGGCCUUGUCGUUCUCCGGACCAAUGGGCACCACGCUCACUAUCUCUCCCAUCACGGCCGACGUCGACAAAGAUACGGUUUCGCGCCCCAUGUCUGUGAUUUGCAGGGCUGACGUUACGGGCAGAUUAGGCCCAGGACUUGGCAGUGCUACGCUACCUAUUUGGUACGACGUUUGUGCUGAUGCUGAUGUGUGCACGCGAAACUUCGGCAUCCCACCGGGCACCUCCGACUGUGUAUUCCCGACCGCUGGCCGUCCGCGCUGUGUUUGUCGUCCUGGCGACGCCAGUCGAGUCUGCAGGAUAGUGGACGGCUGCGGUGCUACGGGUGCUAAUGCUACUGGCGAAGCAGCAGUGGACGUCCUUGGAUGUGUGAACAGCAUGGGAUGCAUGCACAACAAUGUCACCGGUGUUGUCGAGUGUAGUGGAUCGGGCAGUAACGCUGAAUCGGGCAGUAACGCUGAAUCGGGCAGUAACGCUGUCGUGCCAAGCCUCAUCGCGUUGCUAAUGGUGAUGGUCGGCAUGGUGAUCGGCAGACUCCAAAUCUAGCGCGUGCAUCUACAUUGUGUUCUAGCCUAGCGUCUCAAUGUGUAAACAUGGUGCACGGUUGCAUUUUCAUAACUGACGAAUCCACAUUACCUUCACAUACAAGAGCAUCACUUUAGAUUGCCAUCAAAUAAUGGUCAAACAUUCUUUGUGUGUUUUUCUGACAAUCUUAAACCAAGUCAUUUUUUUAUCAGAACAGUGUAACGGUAAUAAAGUUUAAAUUAAAUCUUGUUAUCAUAAUUGUCAGCAUUUCAUGGCCGGUCUUUAGUUAUUCGUACUCAGUGUUGCCACUGUUGGUAGUUUCACGUGUGUGUGUAUGUGUGUGUGUGUGUGUGUGUAUAGGGAUUCACUGGCCAGGAAAAGUCACUUCAAAUAGCUGUAUGGUGUAGACCAGGCUGAAUAGUGACGGUCAAUUCUUCAGCCUUGCAAGCUGUUGAAUGGUGCAAUCCCAGCACAAGUUGCUAUGGCUUCUGCCGUAGCAUUGCUAUCAUCGCCUCCGGCGAUGGGCGUCAAAGGUCAAGGUGUGUGUAUG